AUGAGCUCGUUUGGACUCGAGCCAAUCCGCUCGUUACACGAAGAUAUCUCAAGCGUCCGCAACGCGAUUGAAGCAGCUGCACCAGGCACGAACACUACGAACGAACGCUUCUUCCUGCCGAGCAUGGCGAACGAUGGUUCCGAACCGACGAAGCCGCUGGCCGUUCCUUCUUCGUCGCGCGCCUCUGAGCGUAGCUCGCCCUCCGCUUCCGUUCAACGCGAACAGUCAACAGCUCGACUCGGUUCUCCCGUACCUUCUUCUGUUCCGGUCGGUUCUGUGCCAGUACAGCAGAUCCCCACGCCAGCUCAACUCGCGUCCGAAGAGCCAUCGACCAACCAGACACCGCUCCCUGGGCGUGAGGAAGGCCAGUCAUCGCUACCGGGGCCUGGCGAGUCAGCUCUAUCAUCAGCUCUAAAAGAGUCUUUCGGCAGGAGCCCACCACGAUUUGGCACGCCGCCGAUACGACCGCUGUCGCCUGCACAGGAAACCACCGCGCGCGAUACCCUCAGCCAGUAUGGCUCCUAUGAUGCGCGGAGUCGAUCUCCGGGCGCGCCCUACGAGGACCCCGAGAUCAUUCGCCGUCACUUGGCAGGCCCUCAGAAACCGUCCAUUUCGAACCUAUCAGCUAGAUAUGGCUCACCCAGUAGAUCGCAUGCAGGAUUUGGAGCAGACGCAGACGACGUCAGCAGGGGUAGACGAGGGUCCUCGGAUGAGGAAGAGGGCUUUGACAGUCUGCAACUGCAGGGCGGGGAUAUUACACGGCAGAUUUAUAGGUGGUCAGCACAGCAGGAAGAGGAGCAACGGCAGAAGAUGAAGCGCAGCCAGAGCUUCUCAGCAGAUCAUGCUCGAGCUAAAGAGCCUCUGUUGGACAUCAACUCGAUCAAUCAGCCUGGUGGUUUCCGACGCAACUUCAUUCGCAGGGCUGCCGACCAAUCACCAGCACCAGGGCCUUCGGGUUAUGGUACCGUCACCCAGAAACCGCAGCCUGUUGUCUUCACGAACAACUUCCUCGAGUUCUUGACAUUGUAUGGACACUUCGCUGGUGAAUCGCUAGAAGAGGAUGAUGAGAUUUUGGGUCCGGACGAGUACUUCUCUUCUGAUGCCCUGACAUCUGGAGAGCACACUGAGGACGAACGAGAAUUUGGGGAGAACAGUGCCUUACUUACACCAGGCAAGAGGCGGAAACGCAGAACGAAGGUGGCAGGAAAGGGAAGUCCCACGGGUGCCGCUAUGCUGCUGCUCAAGAGUUUCGUCGGUACUGGUGUUCUCUUCCUCCCGCGAGCCUUCCUGAACGGAGGCAUGCUCUUCUCCAACGUGGUGCUCCUCAGUGUGGCUGCACUCUCCUACUUCUGCUUCGUCCUAUUGGUCAACACUCGCCUUGCCGUGGAGCACUCCUUCGGUGACAUGGGACUACACAUCUAUGGAAAAUGGAUGCGCAACCUGAUCAACUUCUCGCUCGUCAUCUCGCAGCUAGGAUUCUCAUCCGCAUACACCGUUUUCGUGGCAGAGAAUAUGCAAGCCUUUGUGCUCGCCGUGUCAGAUUGCAAAACGCAUAUUAGCAUAGGACUCAUGAUCCUUCUGCAGAUGGUCAUCUUCCUGCCACUUUCGCUAUACCGCAACAUCAAUCACAUUCAAAAACUCGCCCUUGUCGCCGAUCUCUUCAUUGUCCUGGGACUUGUAUAUUUGUAUUACUUCGACAUUUUCACCAUCGUUGAUCAAGGCGGAAUUUCAGACAUUGCCAACUUCAACAAGAACGACUGGACACUGUUCAUCGGAACCGCAAUCUUCACGUUUGAAGGCAUAGGGCUCAUUAUUCCCGUCCAGAGCGGUAUGAAGAAUCCGAAAAAGUUCCCCAAAGUGCUCGGCAUGGUUAUGAUCGUCAUCACCGUCAUCUUCAUCAGCAUGGGUGCGCUCUCCUAUGCGGCUUUCGGCUCGAAGACAAAGACUGUCAUUAUCCUGAACAUGCCUCAAGACAAUAAGUUCGUCAACGGUGUCCAGUUCAUUUACUCUCUCGCUAUCCUCCUCUCGACGCCGCUGCAGUUGUACCCAGCCAUCGAGAUCACGAGCCAGCAGCUCUUCAGCAGGACCGGAAAGUACAACCCAUACGUCAAGUGGAAGAAGAACUUUUUCCGCUUUUUCAUGGUCGGCGUCUGCGCGCUCCUCGCUUGGGUGGGUGCAAAUGACUUGGACAAGUUCGUUGCGCUCGUGGGGAGCUUUGCGUGUAUCCCGCUGGUUUACAUCUAUCCGCCUAUGCUUCACUACCGCGCCGUUGCACGUACCACUACUGCGCGUGUUCUUGAUGUCCUGGUCGGCAUCGUCGGCCUCGUUAGCAUGGCGUAUACGACUGCGCUUACGAUCAAUAGCUGGGUACACGGUGGUAGUACAAAGGCUCCGGGAUAUUGUGACGAAAGAAUGCCUUGA